AUGGAGCUUGCCAUAUCCGCAGCAGCAGGUGAACUCAUGAGCCGAUUCAUCUCCUUCCUUGCCAACAAGUACCACUCGAGCCACGAAUACUCGGAAGAGAAGGAGCUGAAGAGGCUGCAGAAGCUGCUCCUGAGAGCUCCCACGGUCAUCGAGGAGGCAGACGGGCGGUACAUCACCAACUCUGGGAUGCUGGUGCAGCUCAGUAUGCUUGCGGACACCAUGUACCAAGGCUACUGGGCACUAGGUGCAUCCAGCUACAUCUCACUUGAAGAGUCCAUAGAGGAGGGGGAGGUUCGCAGUCCAUCUGCUCCCAAACGUUUUCGCAUGGUUCUUUGCAGUGCUAGAAAGAACAAGGCCACAUACCCCGUCAACUUGCAGGGCGCGUUGGAGAGCUUGGAGGAUGUAGUCGCUGCCAUGACGGAGUUUGUUGUUCUUUUGGGUGGAUGCGACCACCAUGGUGGUCUUAUGUCAGGGAAGAUACUGGUGGUUGUCGAGCUUGUCUCAGAUGUCGAGGAGGAGGAUUGGGCCAAGUUCUGCUCAUUCGUGGUGAGCAUGGACAGUGGAAGCAAGGUGAUCAUCGUCAGCUGGCUUAAAAGUACAGAGCAACUUGGAACAGUGCCAAUCUUCCUCAACACCCUGUCAUACGAGGAGUUCAGCUAUCUCUUCAAGACACUACCAUUCGGGAGCGCAAACCCGGCGCAGCACCCACGGUUAGCGCGGAUAGCAGACGAGCUGGCCAGGGAAUUCCAAUCCGAAUGGUCAAUCGGCACUGCAAAUCUAUUUGCAGACAUCAUGAGGAGGAACCUCAGUGUCCAUUUCUGGCUUUGCAUCUUGAGCGGGCUGAGAAGGGUAGUCGAGAGGAACUUAUCCCUGUUUGGGGAGCACCCGAAGCUCCUCGCCCGGAGACGCCACCAGAUAGACGUUACUGACUUGGUCUUGCAUCCCAGGAUUCUCCACUCCGGGUCGUGUAUUCCUGUACCAGUGGCAGCAGCCGCACUGAAGUUACGGCGGAAAGGGAAUUGCUACCGAGCGUGA